AGGCAUGGGCCGAUCCAUAUGUUUUUUUGCAGGUGAAAGUGCUGAUGGGACCCCCUGCAUCUCCUAUCAGAGAGGCAGUAGGGGAGAAAAAAAAACCUCUGUUACAGGAGAACAAUCCAGUGUUUGGUCUUUGUUGCUGCGCCACACAUUGUCCGCCCCCCACCUGCUGUUGAGUGGCUGCGCGUGUGUAUCUGCCCAUGUACGUCGUCUACGUCCGGCAGUAUAAAUAGGCUGGGGCGCGGGGCGGCGGCCAUGAGAGACGAUGGCCGUUCCAGGACCCCCUCCUAUUCUUCUGCUUCCGCUGGUUCUGCUGCUGCUGCUGCGGUGGGCGGCGGCGCCCGUGGCCUCCUACGCCCUCAGCCCGGGACGCACGCCCCAGCACAAGAUACUCCACCUGGACUGGCCCAAUGACUGUGGCAUGUCCCACUUCAAACCCAACAUGGCCGAGAGGAUUGUGUCGGGGAACGAGGCCAAACCUCACUCCUGGCCCUGGCAGGUCUCGCUGCAGGUCCGCCCCAGGGGGAGUAAGCACUACAUUCAUGUCUGCGGAGGAACCCUCAUCCACAAGAACUGGAUCCUCACCGCCGCCCACUGCUUCCAAAAGGGUAAGGCGGAGGACGCUGCCAGCUGGCGGAUCGUCCUGGGGAAGCACCAACUCAAACGCUCCGAGAUCCCCGAGAGAGUGAUCCCCGUGAAGCGCAUCUACCGCCACGAGCACUUCCGCUACCCCACGCACAGCGAGCUGGACUAUGACAUCGCCCUGGUGAAAGCCGGUGCGGACAUUCUCCCGUCCAACUUUAUCCGCUACGCCUGCCUGCCGCGCAAGCAGACCAGCCUGAAGCCGGGACACUACUGCUGGGUCACGGGCUGGGGUGACACGCGGGGGGGGAAGGAGAACGUGUCUCUGGCCGAGUCCCUGAACCAGGCUCGCCUCCCCAUCAUCGACCACAAGACCUGCCGGCAGAAGAAGUUCUGGGGCGACCGCGUGCGUGACUCCAUGAUCUGCGCCGGCUUCAGAGACACUGAGGGCCCCCCCGCCGCAUGCCAGGGCGACUCCGGGGGCCCCCUGCUGUGCCAGCUGGGCCGGGACCGCUGGGAGGUGCACGGCGUGGUGAGCUUCGGGCCCAUCGGCUGCACGGUGGAGAACAAGCCCAGCGUGUUCACCCGCACCGCCGCCUACAUCCCCUGGAUCGAGGCCACGCGCAUCAGGGACUUCUUCCUGCACUGACCAGAGCCGGCACACCCACCCCCCCACCCC